AUGGCAAAACCCAAAUCACCAAGAACUCGUAUGAGAGAAUACAGAGAACGAACUAAACAGAAUAAACAGAAACAUGAAGAAAUUCUAGAGAAAAACAAAGCAAGGAAACAAGCAGAAAGAUUGAAGGAAAGAGAAAUUGGUAUUAGCUCUGAAAAAAAAGCACAUAGAAACAGGCUGAAUAGGCAGAGGGUCACAAAAUGUCGUUCAAAGAAGAAAAUCAACUUUGAAGAGUCAGAAAAACCAGCCUUUACAACAAGAUCAUCCCUAGGAAGAGCAGUUUCAAGGGCUUCUAAAUCGUUGCCCUUAAGCCCUAGAAAGAAGAAAGCUGUUGUACCAUCGCGCGAGUUGUACCAUCUUGAAUCCCUAACCUGGCACUUCUUUGCUACAUCCCAUGGCAAAGGAGCAGUUGAUGGGAUAGGUGGUACAGUUAAAAGAAAUGUCUGGAUGGAAACCUUGAGUAGAAGGGCAGUUAUCAACUCACUGGAAGAUUUUUGUGAAGUGGCAAGAAAGAAAGAACAGCAUGUGGAAGUCAUUGCAGUGACAGCUGCAAGCAUCAAAAGCUGCUCCGCUGAUAUUAGUCUUGAAGAAAGUUUUGCUUCCUCGACUGCAGUUAAAGGUAUCAAGAAGAUGCAUUAUGUAACAGCUCUGCAGGAUGGCAAAAUUAUUUGCAAGGAGUAUACUCGCCAAGAAUGUAAUGAUGAUGUCUCCCAGCAAGAUUCUGAAACUGAUGAAAGCGAUUCCGAUUUGGACAAAUGGUAUGACGACCGAUGCCAGCAAGUAGCUCUUCAUCCUGUUCAUAUAAAUGUUGAAGAUUUUGUUAUAUGUAAAUACGAAGGAGCAGUGUUUCCUGGUCAAGUUACAGCUGUCUAUCCUGAAGGUAAGGGUGCAAGAAUAAAGGUCUUCGAGAAGUGUGCUGGUGGUUGGAGAUGGCCAAAACACGUAGAUGAAAUUGAUUACUUGAAAAAAGAUAUAAUACAGCACAUCAAGUUUCCACAGCCUAUCAACAAUCAUGGCACCUACAGGAUCAUUGAAUUAGAGAGCAGAUGGGGAACAGACUGA